AUGAUACAUUUAACUGCAUCACAAAAUCAGACAAUACUCUGGAUUCUUUGUGUGGUAUGGAUCACCACAGCGAGAGAGGACAUUCCCUGUCCCAAGGGAGGUAAGAUCCACCUGGCCAGCCUGCGAUGCUUUUGGAUGUCUGCCAUAAAAUCAUCAUGGUUUGAGGCGCAGGACUCAUGUAGAGAGGCUUGGGGAGGGGAUCUGGCAUCUGCUGAAAGCAAAGAGCUGCUUAAUUUCAUCCAUAACUCUUUUUCGCAAAAAACCACUGUGUGGGUAUGGCUGCGUGGACUGGUUGGAGAAAGGCUGGACCAGUAUGGAGUAAAAGAACCACAAGAUCUCCACAAAGACAGUGCAAGUCAGAGAUUGUGCCCUCAGCUGGCUUUAAGUACCCCAGGAGGGUGGAGGAGAGCUCAGUGUGCUGGACAAUACAGCUUCAUCUGUGAAAAUCAAAUAACCGACUCGUUACCAUCUAUAGACACAUACCUGACUGGACUGGUUUUUAUUACUGGUGUCUACACUGAGACCCACAUACAUCCACUUCCCAGUGCACCAGACAUUGGACAAAGUAUUGUGGAGAUGAUGCUUUUCCCAGGCCUGUGGUUCAGUCAUGCAGGCCAGGUGAUAUCAGUGGAACUGGUGGUCCAGCCCAGCCCUCUAUAUACACUAGCCCGUGUCCAGAUCCUUCGACCAUACUGCAGUCCCAACCACCACUUGGUACCUCCAGGUUGCAGCUCUCUCCUUAAUCCAUUCAGCUUCUGCUCAGCUGUACCACUAUGUAACACUACAGGGGGCUGUAGCAUGGGCCAAUACUGGUGCCAUCUACUGGAGGCCUGUGUACCUAACACCAGUCCAUGUAACACCUAUGACAGUGCAGCUAGAGGUCGUCACUUCACCUCACCCCCUAGAUACCCUGCACUUCCUCCUUUCUACCACUUGGUGGCAGACUUGCCCCUGGCAAUAAAUCCAAGCUCUGAACUUCAAACUUUGAGUCUUCUUCUACCAGACGGAGCCAUCAACGUGUACCCUGAUGAUAUUUUAGCUGUGCAACACACUUUUGAAUCUGGAACAUUUUUGCAUUGCCUUAGCAGUGAUGCUUCUAUAAACUCUCCUUGGCGUCAAAGUUACCUGUCUUUCAGGGGGCCAGAGUGGGGAGGCUGGUGGGAAGGAGGCCUCACUUCAGUGCCUCAAGACAGUGAUUGGGUGGAUGGGGUGGUGUGUGACCUGAGAAUCCUAUAUAUAGACACACUUAACAGUGCUACUGAACAUGAAGAUAUCUUUGACAGCACUCAAAUGGAGACAACCACAACUCCUGAUAUUAAGCCCCUGGCUGCAGGUCCCAUUCUGAGAUCUAAAUUCCAACUUCAUGUCAUCCACCCUCUUCCCGAUGAAAAGAACCAGAUUCAUGUCCAAAUCAAUCUCCCAAUUCUCAUUGUUGUCAAGGCUCUUUUUGGAGAGAAAGCCAGGAGCUCAUGGUCAGCCCCGGUGCUUCAAACUGGAGUUCUCUUUCAUCCAUCUUGCCCUGAAGAGGUGAUUCAAUCUGUACCUGACUGUAAGGCACAUUCCCAUGACAGCUGGUUUUCUUUUGUUACUCUGGUGUUGCCAACUUCGGGGGUUGAGACACUCGGCAUCAGUGUGAUGGAUGCAGACAGCUUUCAGAGCGUGACUGUGAAAGUUUAUGGCUAUGAGGCAGUAACAGGGCUUAAUGUUGAACCACACAAAUGCUUGAGGAUUCUUACAAACACAUCACAGAUCUUUAAAGCCAAAGUGGAGAGUGGUUCUUCCAUUAAAUUCACAUGGGUGAUUGACAACCUGGAGAAUUUUGCUUAUGAAGGGGAAUCUUAUAGUGUCAUGUUCAAGCAACCUGCUGAGUAUAAGCUCCAGAGUCAACAAAUCCUUGUCACUGCUGAUGAAAUGGCACCACUGGCUAUACCCGAGUUUCUGUUUGUCAGGGAGGUUGUACCUAUAGAUGCUACACACCUCUUUGCUUUAAGAGUCAAAGUGGAUAUUUCACUACCAGUUACCUUCAAAUGGGAUUUUGGGGAUGGCAGUGGCGAUGUCAUCCAUACUCAGUCUCCUCCAUGUCACACCAUGGAAGGACUUCUGGAGAGAGGAGAGAAACAGGUUUAUGUCCAAGACUCAGUGAAUCACACUUAUUCCAUUCCAGCAGACUACACUGUUUAUGUUCAAGUCUCCAAUCAAUAUGGCAGCACAGACACAUCGAUGAAUAUCAGUGUUCGCCCUCCACUGGAAAGCCUCGUCAUUUCCCCCUCCUCUCUGAAACUACUCGUAAAGGAUGCCCUCCAUCUGGAGGCCUCUGUUGAGCCCUCCAACUUUGCUGUGCUCUAUAUAUGGGAUUUUGGCGAUGGUUCCAAAGCUGUCCAAGGCAUCCAUCACAAAAUCAGCCACACCUUUGGAUCUGCAGGAAUUUAUAACAUCUCUGUAUCAGUAAGCAAUGGUGUGAAUUUGCUGAGCACCUCACUUGUGGUGGUGGUUAUAGAGAAAAUCUCUGGAUUAGUUGUUACAUACAGGGGGCCAACUGAAGCGGGUGCUCCAACUGAUUUCAGUGCUACAGUUGCCUCUGGAACCAGUCUCAUUUGGGAUUUUGAUUUUGGGGAUGGAUCUCUGCAGGAAAAUCUCACUGAUGGUUCUGUCUCCCACAUCUACAAGUUUCCAGGGAGUUACAGAGUUGGUGUAUCUGUUUCUAACUCAGUAAGCCAAGCUCAUCAGUCUAUCACUGUUGAAGUGUACAGCUUGACUGUCAGUGGAGUUCUUCCAACAGAAUGCAUUAUGAAUCAAGAUGAUGUGGAGUUUACUGCUCUGGUGAAUGGAAACAUUUCCACUUUGACUUUCCAUUGGAUGUUUGAACAUUCACCUCUGAUUGUAGUAGUUGGACAAUCGACAGUUAAACACACUUUCCGAAUCCAUGGGGUUUUUCAUGUUACCCUGACGGUGAUUAGUUCUGUUAGAUCUGUAUCAUUUAGUACUAGCAUCUGCGUCGAAAGUCCAAUAACUAGCAUUUCAGUGCAUUCAUCACAAGAUGUAACAGCAGUUGGAGAUGAAGUAUGCCUCACAGUGUCAGUCUCCCCUAAACAAACUACAGGUUACCAGUUUAGGUGGUUUACUAGCGCCUCGGGUCAAAGUACCAUGACAGAAACCUCUAGGAAGUGUUUUGUCUUCAGAAAUGAAGGUUUUGAGGAGGUGUCGCUAAUUGCAAGUAACAAAGUCAGCAACAAAACUGCCAAAGUUCAUAUCAACAUUCAAAAACCAGUCAGUAAGAUUUAUGUUUCACAUGACAGUCUAAGUGACACACUGACGGUGAAUACAUCAGUAUCAUUUUGGGUCGCCAACUGCUCUGGCAGCAAUGUAUCAGUGGUAUGGGACUUUGGAGAUGCGUCUCCUUUAGAGUGGAAGGAAAAAGUGUCACAUAUCUUUACCUCAACCGGUAAAUUCACAGUUACAGCUACAGCAUUUAAUGCUGUAAGCCGGGACUCUGCAAACUUUACAGUGGAUGUUUUACUUCCUGUUUCAGACCUUUCACUUCACACCCAUCAGCCUCAUGCUGUAGUAGGAGAGGAAACUCUUAUCACUGCAGUUAGUAAUGCUAUUAGCACCAGUAACUACUACUGGACAAUAGAAGGUGUGACCACAGCCAAACAAGGUACAUAUCAGUAUAGAUUUACUUUUUCCAAACCAGGAGUGUAUCAAGUGAGAGUUAUAGCCCAAAACUUAGUCAGUAAGAAGGAGGCAUCUGUUCUAAUUGAGGUGUUUGAGAGAAUUGAAGAUCCUCACAUUAACUGUCAAACCUUGAUUAACCAGAAAUAUAUACCAACUCAAGAAGAAAUGUUGUUUAUUGCAUCAGUCACCAAAGGAUCCAACAUCACUUAUAGCUGGCUUGCUACACAGAGUGGAAUAAACCAAGAAAUAAGAGAAAAUGGACAGCUUUUUCAUGUGAUGGCUAAAACUCCUGGCAGAAUGUCAAUUCAGCUCACAGCCUCUAAUAUCUUGGGUGAAGCUACCACCAAUGUUUCUUGUGUGGCAGUAGAACGUGUAACACAUGUGCACAUAGAAGCACAAUCAAGCACUGUGGCACUGGGAAAAGCUGUAAAUAUAUCUCUAUCUGUGAAUCGGGGUUCAGACCUACAAUAUCUUUGGUAUGUUGAUACAGAUAUUUCACCCCUAAUGACACUUGUUCCCUUUUUUAUUUGCACUUUCACAAGUCCAGGUCACAGUCUUGUCACUGUUUUAGUGCAGAAUGUCCUUAGUCAGACUAAUGACUCUAAACAGUUUUUGAUCCAGGAAGAGGUCCAAGAGGUAGACUUUCUAAUUGAUGAAGAGAAACCUCCAUUUUUUGUCAAUGCAAGUGCAGCUCUAUCCUUUCAAGGAAUCACCCACAAAGGUAACAAUUUGCACUGGGAUUGGAAAGUUAAAAGUGCCAAGGAGACUCUUUUUACCUCCACUGGUCCAGUUUUCAUCUACAUUUUUCCACAUGCAGACAUCUUUCAGGUGUAUCUGAAUGUCUCCAAUGAGAUAAGUUGGCAGAUGGUUUCACACUGUGUCACCACCCAGGAAGCAAUCCAAGAUCUUUUGCUAAACAUCAGCAAGACCUCUUUAUGCACUGGAGAGCAGGUUUCGUUUAUUCCAACAAUUUCCAAAGGAAGUAAUGUGAGCUUUGUUAUAACAUUCCAAAACAAAGACUGGAUUCAAAGCCAGGACAUUUCUGGAGGCCAUCUCACCACAUCAAGCCUUCCUGCUGGCAAACACCAAAUUACAAUGAAAGCUAUGAACCAGGUCAGUAGGGCUGAAACGUCUUCUCACAUUCUAGUAACUGAGAGUAUUCAAGGUUUGCAGCUUGUAAACUGUUGUUCUGCUACGCUGGAGGCUCUGAAAGGAGUCCAGUUCAAGGCAGAGGUUCAAAGAGGGUUUCAAGUCAACUACAUGUGGUUAUUUCACUCAGAAGGGUAUCAGGCCACAUGUCUUAUUGGGCAAGAAGUGAUCUUUACUCCACCAGAGAGUGGUUUGUUGUCUGUUAGCCUGCAUGCUAGCAAUGCAGUCUGCUCCCAGACUUUAAAUAAAACUAUAGCAAUUGAAUGGCCUGUUAGAAAGGUCAAACUUGUCUGUCAUGCACAGAGAAUUUUUGUGGGACAUGCUGUCAGGUUUUCCACAACGGUGAAGGAAGGAAGCAAUGUCAGAUACCUUUGGGAUUUUGGAGAUUCCAAUGAAGUAUUGGUGACAGACUCAAGUGUUGUUAGUCAUAUUUAUUAUUCUUCAGGAAAAUACAGUGUUAUGGUCAAAACUUUCAACAAUGUCAGUCUUGUGUCCACACAACUACAAGUGGAUGUGGAGGAGCUUCAGUGUUCCAACCCUCAGAUCUCCCUGGUCCAGGAACAGUCUACCAUCUUCAGAUCUAGACUAAAUUUCUUCGAAGCAACUGUGGAUACAAACUGCUCUGCUUACAAGAUGACAUACCUGUGGGAAAUCUUCAGGGAGUCGUGUUUUGUCAGUGGGGACAAAAUUCAUCUGAGAAGCCAAGAGGAUACAGCUUCUCCCUUUCUUUUGCUUCCAAAGAGUGCUCUUGAGGUCGGAUCCUAUUGCCUAGUGUUCACAGUUUCAUUUCAGGAAACUCCUUUACUUGUUCAACAAAAGACCAACAUCACUGUAGUCCACUCCCUGUUAGCUGCUGCCAUUAAGGGAGGCUCCCACAUACUGUGGCCCAGUAUCAGUGAUCUUGUCCUGGAUGGAUCUGAGUCUCAUGACCCUGAUGUGGAGUCUGGAGUUGAGGAUACACUGCAGUAUCACUGGACAUGCUUAAUGCUAGUAACCGUGACUGCAGCUCCAGUGCUUCCAGUAACAAUAAAGUGUGUAUCCUGUUCUGUGUUUUCUUCUGUUCACCACAUAAGUAACACCAGCCCUCUUGUACUUGCCGGAGAAUGUGACCAGUGUGAUGACCAGGCUCAGUUCAAUUGGAGAGCUGGGGACCACAGUGGCCUGACCCUUGACCUCAGUGAUGUCACCACCUCUACAGGGACUCAUUCUCCUAAUUUGGUGGUGCGAUCAGGUGUCCUGCAGCCAGGCAGGAGAUAUUCCUUUGCCCUCCAUGUUUCCCAGUCCGGUGAUAGGCGCUGGGGCAAAGCCAGCUUGAUGAUACAGUCAAACAGUCCACCAUGUCAAGGACAAUGUGAUCUCAGUCCAGAAUCAGAUGUAUAUCUGCUUGAGACAGCAGUCACCUACAACUGUUCAGGAUGGAAAAAUGAUGAAAGCGGGGCUUCUCAGCUGCUCUAUACCUUCCAGGUGGCAUCAUGCCAGCACAUUGGCAUCAUGUGCCCUGUGCUCACUCUCUACAGGGGUACUCGCUCAACUUUCAGCAGCCUGGUCCCAGUGGGAAGUCCUGGGCAUCAAAAAAACAUGUCGGUCAUCACAGUUAGUGUGCUGGUAGAGGACCAUCUGGGAGCAAUGGUCACUGCUCUGAACAGAACAUUGACAGUUAUAAAUCCUGCAAGUGACAAAGUUCCCAUUCAGUGGCUCAAAAACAAGAGCCAGACAGAACUCUGGGCUCUAGUCCAACAUGGCAACCCUCAGGAGAUCAUUCCUUACUCCAUUGCUCUCACCAGCAAGCUCAAUCAGAUGGAGAUUGGAGGGACUACUGAGGAACUUGCAGAUAGGAGGGAGAUCCGGGAAAAUGUUACCCAGGCUCUCACCUCUCUUCCUGUGUCCACCUUGCAGGAUGUUGACCAGCUCAGCUCAGCACUGAGACACUCUGUUGCUGUUUCUCAUGAGCUGUUAAGUGCGAGAUGUCAGAAAAGAGUUCUGGAGUUUAUUGGAAAAAUGAUCCAUGUGAUGAAGCAAAAAAUUAGCCCUACUGAUUCACCAACUGUUGACACAGGAAAAAACAUCCUCAGUGUUAUAGGUAGCUCCUUGGCUGUUAUAUCUGGGUCAGGCAAUGGUUCUAGCCCUCACCCAGCCUACAGAGGCACUCUGCAGGCAGCAUCAAGAAUUGCCCUAUCAGCACUAAGCCAUGCUGGAGCACUGAUGCGUAUUUUGAUGCAUUCACAUGUCCAGGGAGAAGCACCCCUUUUGCUCUCCACCAAGUAUAUCAGGACAGCUGGCUUCUUUGGAGACCCAGCGGACCUCCUCUGCACUGACCAGUCAAACCAGUUUAACGGACGUCAGAUUACCCCUAUGCAGUCAUCAUCAGCUGAGGAAUCUAAUAGUUUUCAUCCUUGUCAGUUCCUUAUUCCCCGCUCCCUUAGUACUCACCUGAAGAGUCAGAGGUCAGAGGUGGUGCAGGUGUUGUUUGGUAUAGAUGGAGCACUGGAUUCUAAUCCUUUGCUGACUGCCGCCAACCCUCCUAUUUCCACCUCUGUGCUUUCCAUGAAGAUCACAACCCCUCAAGGUCAACCCAUACCCAUCCAGGACUUGAAUCCUGAACAAGCCAUAAGGGUCACCCUCCCCAACAAGUACCCUGCAGCACAAGGUGAUGGAAAUGGAAAUGGGAGCAUAAAUGAAGAUGGGAAUGAGACAUGUCUUACUGUAACUCUCCCUGAUGAUGGACAGCUAAACUUUGCAGUGAAAGCUGUGGAUGGCCGGGAUAAAAAUGCAGGCUUAUACAUCUCCUUCAACUUCAGCCUGGCUCCAGGAGCUACUCCAGUGAGUCUGGGGCAUGUCAAAACAGAAGUGAUCUCUGCAGUGCCCGGGACUAAUGCAUCCCUGGAUUCCCUUGUGAGAGAGUGGGCUCUCACUCUCUCUGCUCCCACCACGUCCUCUGAGAAAACCAUCUUUCUGUCUCCGCUCUCUCUGUGCCAGUACUACAGUGUGAAAGAAAAGCGUUGGAGCAGUGAGGGUCUUCGCUCACUGGAGGGCAGUACACUGCACACGGCUCACUGUCUCACCCAGCAUCUCACCAUGUUUGGGGCCAGUUUGUUUCUUCAUCCUGGGGCUGUAGUUCUGCUUCCACCGUCCGUAGGGCUUGUGCGGAACAUGGUGGCGGGUAUUGUCUGUGCUGUCCUGGUUCUGCUUCAUCUGCUAGUGGGGCUCAUUGCACACAAACUGGACCACUUAGACAGCCUUAGACUGAACCAAGUCCCUCUGUGUGGCCGACCAGGACUUUACCACUACAGAGUGCUGGUGAAGACUGGCUGGUGGCCAGGGGCAGGCACCACAGCGCAUGUUGGCAUCAGUUUGCAUGGCGUCAACAAGAGCGGCUCUCGCCAUCUGCAGAGGGAUGGAGCUUUUCAGCGCGGCAGCCUGGACCAGUUUGAGGUGGAGACAGAUGAAAACCUGGGAGAAAUUUGGAAAAUUCGCAUCUGGCAUGAUAACACAGGUUUGGACCCAUCGUGGUACGUUCAGCAUGUGGUGGUGUGGGACCCUCAGACAGACCACAUGUUCUUCUUCCUGCUGGAUGACUGGCUUUCUGUUGAGAAUCAAAGAAACAGCACAGUGGAGAAGGAAGUCCUUGCUUCAUGUCCAGAGGAGCUGACUCAGUUUCGACGAGUCUUUACCUCCCAGUUGGUAUUUGGGAUGGUGGAGCGCCACUUGUGGCUGUCACUGUGGGAACGGCCCACUCACAGCUGUUUCACCAGAGGUCAGAGGGUCACCUGCAGUAUUCUCAUGCUGCACCUCUACCUGGCACUGGGGGCUUUGUGGUACGGAGCCGUUGGCCCUGAAGGUCAGAGACGACCUGUGUCUGCCCAUCUGCUGGUUAAUAUGGAGACGGUUGCCAUGGGGAUGGUCAUUGCCUUACUGGUCUUUCCUCUCCAGUGUUUCCUCUGUUUCUUAUUUACAAGAGCUCUUAACCAGGUAUCUUCAGAUGUGUCAGUCCCUCCCUCUCCGGUGUGCCACUCUGUGGAGAUGGAUGUCUACCUUGACCAAUCAGAAAUCUCUAGGCCCUCCUUCCUGUCCAUGCAAGAUUCCUCUGGCUUGGUGCAAGACAGCCCAACAUCUUUGCUGGACAGCAAGGCAUUAAACUCCAGUAUCCUGGACUUCUGGAUUACCUCUGGUUUGGUUCCCCAGACAAACAAAGCACAUCAUGAGAAGGACGAGGUGACAUCCCCUUCACGAGGCCUGACCCGCCAGCUGAGGCGGAAAAAGGGCCUUAUGCAGCUCAACCUGGCUUCACCAACAUCCUCCAUCUGUCCCGCUGCUCUGCUUUCUGUGUCUUGCUCACUUUCCCUUCCUCAGGACUGUUCAGCUCAGUCAGACCAGAAGUCUCUCCUCACGAACACCAACCCAGUCCCAGUCCAUAACCACAACAUUACAACACUUCCAAGUCUUUCUGAUGAAGAUCUACUAAUGUUUAUUGCAGCUGCAGAGGACACAUCCAAUGCAAUCAACAGCAACUCUGACAGUGGCCGUGACUCCCCAAAAACCAUGUCAUCAUUUUCAGUCACGCGAAGCACCUCUUGGAGCAGCUGGUCAGAGGACCAGAAGGAGACGUUUCCAUAUGGAGCAGAGAUUAGCAAUCCAGACCCUGAGUCCAACUCUUCACUGGGUGAGGCAGAACUCUAUAAAUGUCCCUCUGAGUGGUCGUUGGACUCAGUAGCAAGCACCUUCCUGCCAGGCUCUUCUCAUGGUUCUACACAAUCCUCCUCCACCACACAUUUAGGUGUUGCUCGAAGUCAUCCCAGCUGGCUGCUUCCUCCCUGGGUGCUCUGCGUGAUCUACCCGCUGGUGGCUGUUCUGGUUGGAGCGUGCCUUGCAGUGGUGGGACUCUAUGGAAGUUCCUUCUCCCGAGCAGUGGUAUUCAUGUGGCUAAUAUCUGCUCUCUCUGCCUUUUUUACCUCUGCUGUGCUGCUGGAGCCUCUCAAGGUGUGUGUGCAGGCUUUGAUCUGCACCGCAUUGUGGAGGCCGGUGGAUCCAGAAGUAGAUGAGCUACUGGCUCAGGAAACCACCGUGGUCAGGGCAGGUGGAGAACCCAUUGGGAAAGUACGACCACCGUGCGGCUAUGGGCUACUUCAGGCGAAAGAAGAGGCCCGCAAAGUCCGAGCGUUGAGGUCACUCAUGAGGCACUGUGUGUCCCAGCUUUUCUUUCUGCUGCUGGUGCUGCUGGUGAACUAUCAGGACAGGGUGGAGCAGAGGCAGGGCAGGCUGCUGCACUCCACCGUCAGGCGGCAGCUUCACACGGCACCCUUGGGGUCCCCUAACCUCACCUCACUCAGAGGCUGGUCAGAUACAGAGCAGUGGAUCACUCACACUUUGGUGCCACACCUCCACCAAAACCCCACCCUGCACCUUGUAGGGUUGCCACGGCUGCAGCACACACAUGCAGCUGGUUUUCUGGGAAACAACAGUGGAACAACACUCCAGCUCCUAGCUGAUAUGCAGCUAAGAAACAACAGCAAAAAGCAGUUUACAGCUCUCUCUAUAGACUUCACACACUACCACAAAGAGUCCGGUUUGUUCAUGUGUGUAUCAAUACAACUGAAAUCCAUACAGGGCCAAGGCAUCACCUCCUUGCUCUCCAUCAGUCCGCUCCUCGUCCCCUCAUCCUCCUCAGGACCACACCUUCAUGUUGCAGUAACGAUUCUUCUCCUCAUCUCUGCUCUUCUCAUCAUGUUUGGGGAGCUGUGGUCUAUGGUCAAGGAGCAUGCUCAGUAUAUGUGCCAGUACUACCACUGGUUCCAGCUGUUCUUGGCCCUCUGGUCCCUGGUGACAGCAGUUCUGCAGCUCUGCUUUCUAUCUAUUGCUUCUUCAUGUGUCUCAGAGGUCUGCUUGUCUUCUUUGCUGUGCGCUCCAGCUGCUGGGAACCUUACGCUUUGUGCGGAGGUGGGUGAUGAUAGGCAGAGUACUGCAGAGAGCCUGGAGGGAACUGUGGGCUGUGGCUGUUUUAAUACUGCUACAGCUGCUGCUCUGCACUCACCUUGGAAACAUGUGGAAGGUUUUCUGUCAGUGCAGCAAACCAGGGCAUCUGUGCUGUCCAUCCUGCGUGGACGGACAGUCAUCCAAAAGCUGUGCAGGGUCCACACAGUUCUUGGACCCCUCUACGGGCUACUUCUGAUGGGUGGAAGCUUUUGGCUUCUGGCUAGGAUCUGUGGAGCUGUUCUCAUCCAUAAAUAUAGGGAGGAGCAGGCUGAACUUUUCCAUCCAACUGUUGAGCCUCAAGAUUAUGAAAUGGUUGAGUUCUUCAUCAAGAGGCUGAAACUGUGGAUGGGACUCACCAAGGCUAAACAGUUCAGACACAGGGUGAAGUUUGAAGGCAUGGCCAUCCCUCCGUCCAGAUCCUCACAGGACUCUUCUUUCUCCACCUUGUCUUCCACUCUCCCCUCUUCCCACUCAUCCUCACUAUCAUCUCCCUGUCAACUGUCUUCAGAUGUUUCUGUCAGGUCUGAGGACUUGUCGACUUCCAAACCUAGGUUUGAAGUCCAGCCCUAUCUGGAAAACCUGGAGUCAAUCGUCAAUACUCUCCUAGCUCAUUUUGAUCAAGUCAACCAAUUAACUGAAGACAUUCAUAACCUGGAAAUUCAACUAGAGGAAGCUGAAGUCAGAAGAAGGGAGAAAUGGAUAAGUGACAGAAAGGAAAAAGAAAAUAUACCGGAAGAGCCAAGAAAGCCAAGGGAACUGGAUAAAGGGAGGGUAACAGGAGAAGUUAGACGCAGGAAGGUGGGUCUUUUUUACCCAAGGCCCCAAGUUUCUCUUCCAUUCUUGCUUCCAAUUUCUCCUUCAACACCUCAGUCUGCUGCUGCAUCAUCUUGCAUAUUUCCCAGAGUACGUAACUCCUACUCUGAAUCUGAGUCAGUGCGGUUCCACCUUCAACCAUCAAGCAGCAGGACUUCCUCUGAACCUGCCACUCCUGCAUCUGAAACCAGUGGUUUGCAUACAAUUUCCAGUGGGUUUGGACAGAUCCCUAGAAGAAGAGCAUGGCAUUCUGGGAGCUCUCAUUCAGCUGAUGCCGCACAGAGGCCCUUCCAGUCCUCAGGAGUUGCUCCAUGUAGAAAUGGUGGAGAAAAUUUAGCAUUUACAAAUGCAAGGCCUAGAAGUGAAGAGGGGGUAAGAGGGUGCAUCUGUGAUGGGGUUCCGCUGAAGAGGAAGGCUUGGAUCUCCGAAGGACAAGGCACUGAGCAAAACUAACCCUGUCUUUAAAUAUAUAUAUACAGAU